AUCUACAUGUGGUAUUUUGAUCGGCAGGACGCCAUUCAAUGCGCCGGCAUCAACUUCGUUAAGGACCUUCCCCGCUUUCUGGUCUUGCUGCUUGCUAUGCAGCGAAUGUCACCUGAGCACUGGGGUCUUAACACUGAAUUCAAGCAUGUGCCUGGUGAAUCGUGCGAGAUUCGCGUCCGCGAUGCAGACGGCGAUGUAGACCUCAAGUUCGAUUUGACGCCCGGUCAAUGCACAACUCACUACGGUCUGCGUGGCCGUGCAACCACUGUUUUUCCCGUGGAGAGCAAGGAGCUAUCGGAUCGACUAGCGAAACGGGAACGGGAGGGACAUCGUAGUGAAAACCCUACCGAAGAACUGGUUGCCAAGCUCUACUGGCCAGAAGAGUCGCGUGAGAGCGAAGCCGAAAUUCUCAAGAAGGUGCAGAAGAUUGCGGAAAGCGAGCCAGAUGUGCAAGGUCACGUCCCGGAGGUGGUCUGGUUCCACAAGUUUGAAGGGACAUCCACGGCGAAAAUUAGGACAGCGCUAGGAAUGGACGACGCUAAACGAGGCAGCCGCGCCUUGUAUAUCAUCGUGUUCAAGAAGCUUCUCCCGAUCACGACGCUGAGCGGGGACGAGUUCCUCGCCGCAUGGUGGCAAGUGGUACGUUGCCAUUAUGUCCUCUGGCAGAACGGUGUCCGUCAUCGCGACGUUAGCCCUAGCAAUCUCAUGGUAUACAAGACCUUGGAUGGUCGAUUUAUUGGCGUCCUCAACGACUUCGACUUGUCAUCGACUCGAGUUACUUCCACCAACAACGAGCGUACGGGGACAGUACCAUUCAUGGCCCUUAACCUUCUCACGCCCGAAGCCUUCGAAGGCCAUGUCGAACACCUUUACCGACACGACGCUGAAUCGUUGAUAUGGGUCCUCGUCUGGGUAUGUCUUCGGUAUGAUGAAGGCGAGAUCCUGAGCGAGGGCAGACCCCUCGACGAUUGGCUGAAAGCGGAUGCUCGUGCCUGCAGGGAGAAAAAGUCUGACUUUCUGGUGAGGAUUCAGAACAGGGACAGGACCAUAAAACCCUCCCUGUCGCAUCAAUCCAACUGGCAAAUGGCGCUGUCUUGCCUUCACUCUUUCUCAUUGUCGUUGUUCCAGCUUGUAAUUUUGCCGAACGAUGAGUCUGUAUUUAGGGCGUGGCUAGAGGCUAACCUACCGUCGUCACAUAAUAAGUAG